UAGGGAAAUCCAUGGAAACAGCUGUCAGAUAGCGCCACGAGCAGUUAUAAAAUCCUAAUACGAUGACAUUAUAAAUCCGUGCUGGAUCCCGAGCAGCUGGUCGAAUCCGAAUUCGAACGCGUGUAGCAAAAAGUAAUAAGAAAAGAUCUCCCUCGACUGAGAUGCAUUGCCCCGAUUCCGAAGAAUUGCUUAAAACAUCCGAUUUCUAUAGAACCUGCAAACUACCAAAACGGUUCGAAUAUCCUUCUUGGUUCCACGGUUAUGGUCUUCACCGUAAACCACAACCUCAUCCAUUUUAUAGAACCACAUCAGGCGAUUAUGGGAGGCUUCCGCCAACGGUUCAUAGCGUUCCAACACAAUUCUCCCCAAAAACGGGUGCUUUUACGACUGCUUUAUCAAUAACUGGAAUGUAUAGAAAUUAUUCUUUGAAUACAGGAUUAGAUCCUUCGCCAGUUUAAUAUGGGAAGGUCAUCUAUUAAAGAACGAUAUAGUUUGUGUCAAUAAUAUCUAGAUUUCUGUGUAUUGUAACGAUGUAAACGCCAUCUUUUGUACGCUGGUUUAGGUUUGAAAAUAAAUUUCCUGCUGAGUUUGAA